UCCGCCACUGUUAUCUUUCCAGCUGCUGUUAAGCGGAAUAAGGUGCCUUUGGAAUUGGAUGUGAAUUCGGAUGCGGAGGAUGCAGAUACGGUGAUACCUGGAACCAGUGGACAGCAUGCAUUCCCACACAAACGAGGCUGCAGCGUCGGCGACUCCAACGGCGGGCGUGGUCACCAACGGAACGGGUGGAUCUGGCGCUGGUAGAGGGGCCGGCGGAGGAGCACAUAGUAGCGCGGAGGGCAAAAUCCGAUGCAUCUUCUUGAGCGAGUUCGAUGCCACGGCGGGCUGCAAGAUUAGUUGCCAGGUCCCUGAUAACUACAUAUCCAAGGAUGUGUUCGAUGCCAUCAAUGUGUACAUCAUACCGAAGCAGCAUUUGCAGCGCUGCAUCCUCACCGUUAACGCAAUGGACGUGAAGAUCGUCGGCUAUCCGGUGGGCAUUCAGGAUCAGCAGAAGUACGCCCGCAACGCCUUCUUAUUUAACCUUUGCUUCGUCUGCGAUUCGCGCGCCAGGAGCGUCCAGUACGAACCGGUGGUCAAGAAGCUGUCCGAGUACCUUAUCAUGAUGGAGGAGGAGUCCUGCUUCCUGUCGCGCGAGGACGACAAGCGCCGUUUGCAGAAAAUCUUUGAGACAGUGCUGCGCGACCUCAACGAACGCAAGGUGGCCACGAUUGUCGAGGGCGACAAUACCAUCUACCUAAAGAUUGUCAUGCACAAACCAGAUCCGCCUCCGGUCAAGGAUCACAUGGUACCGCUGCUGUUGGCCAACCUACGCGAUGCUCCGUUGGAUAACUGGGACCUCACCACACAGCAGAUCCUGCCUUAUAUCAACGGAAUCAAUCACGUUGCCCGGAUCGCUGCAGAGGCGGAUGUGGAAACGGACCUGGUCAAGUCCUGCAUACAAAACCUUGUCUACUAUGGCGUUGUGCAGCUGCUGCCAAUCCUUAAAUACAGCAAUGUUUAUAUGACGCAAAACCUAAAGCAUCUCAUACAGAGUGCGGCGCUAAGCGGCGCCUGUCGAAAAUACGUAGCCUUGCGUCCGGACAAAACUCUGCCGAGUGUGCAGCGCAUCUUUCAGUUCUACGCCUCGAUGACCCACGGCGUCACCCUGCGCGCCAUUUGCCAGCGAUUAUGCCCGCAGAACCACAACAUCGACGAGCGACGCAUGGUGAUCUUCGGGCUGCAGCACCGAUUCAUCCGCUGUAUCCACAAGUACCCGGUGUUUACGGGCUCAGUGCCUUCUGGGCGGCAGAAGAUGUACACCGGGCUGAUCAGCUUCGACGAAAUCUGCUGCAAGACGGGCCUUUCGCCCUGCACAAUUGAGCGGGACAUCGAGAAAGACACGAAUGUGACUGUGAUCUGGAAGUGACGACGGAGGAGAAGUCAGUUUGUUGUAGUUUGUAGGCAAACCGAUUGUUAUGUUUCCAAUAGCUUUUUAUAUACACAUAUAUAUACAUGAACGGUUAA